AGAAUUAUCCUACAUGAAUUAUGCUAAAUGCAUUGACCUUGCACGACACGAACGCUAUUGUUCUCUGAAUUUGUCAUUCAUAAACCUUUUUAGCGCUAAAAAAAUCUACCAGAUAUUUAGCUAUUUAUUGAACAAAAUAUUGAUUAGUGAUGGAGUGAGUAUCCAGUGACUAACCUCCAUAUUAAUAAUAAACCAUUUCGACCAUUUCAAAAGUUCAGAAGAAAAAUAAUUCGACACCAAACAAUCCAAUGUAAACAACUAAAAACAAACGCAGGCCGUUUUAAACGGACAAUAGCUUGUUCUUAGAAAUAAUUUUAUACAGUCUUUUUAUAAAAAUGAUUAAGUUCAUCCGAUAAAAAUGCCUUGUUUUGAAGUUGUGGAAUAAAUCUGAUAGAGCUUGUGCAUGAACACACCUCUCGUCCGCCCUGGGCUAUCCCCCAAUUUGAAUCAUUGCUCUUCUCUUUUAAAACCUCUUUACAAACUGUCUUUUGGUUGAAAGGGUUCAUUCAAACAUAAGAUUUUGAAGGAAAAUCUGAAUGCCCUUCUCCAGGGGAUAAACAAAAAGUGGGCUACACUUUCCCGGAUAAAAUAAAGCGUACAAAUGCGCAAUCAGAGGUAGUGAAAUGAAAUCUAAUUAGAAUCAUCUUUCAUAUCAGGUGAUAUACUGAUUAUGCUCACAUGUUCCCAAAACUUGAUCUUAUGGAACUCUCAGUGAACCCGUAUUUGUUUCAGCCAGUAAAUUGGCAUCAGAACAAGAAAUGCUGUUGAGAUUUUAUUUUUGUCCAUAUGUUAAAAGGGAGGGGGACAAAAUGACAUUGGUGCAAAAAAUUUUCAAGACCCCAACAAGAGCAUAAUAGAAUAAUAGCAUUCAUGUUUUUSGGGUACCCCCUUCAAACGUUUAAAAAUUCCUCCCAAUCCUUUUUUUGACCUUUCAAGGCCCCCCCAUGUUCCACUAAAAAAUUGAGGGCCCCCUAUUUUCUCCUCCACCCUCUCCCCCCUCCGACUUCAAUAUUGACUGGUCCCUUAUGUGUCAAGCCCUUAAAAACCUCGUUCCGCUUUGGCACGUUCCGCAUUUCUUUCCGUGUAACUUUACACCCCCUGGAUUUUUUUGCUACAUUGCUCGACUGAUAUCAGUCUAUUUGUCAGGUAAAGGAGCAAUGAGGUCACCCUGGUACACGACUAUAAACGGAGCUGUUACAUGUGUUCGACUGGUAGCAUUGUUCAUCCUAUUGAUUCUAGUCACAAACUGUUUCAUCGGGCCUAGAUGUGAGGUCAAAGACGUUGGGAUACGCAUUGCAGUUUUUUGUGUCCUGCCAGCUGCAUUAUCGUUGGUCAUAAACCCCCUCAGAAGAUGGCUGGCCAUAUACUUUCCAAUUAGCUGUGGACACAGAAAAUGUAUCUUUACAGGAAAAAGCUCCAGAACUCUUAAAGCAAUCCUCCUAGACAUCGACCAAGACAUUCCAUCGGCCGAACAACUGAGAAAGUAUCAAAACCAAGCUUCUAUUUUCCUAGACGACAUCAAAGAUGAGCUCGAAAAAGCGAUUAAAACCGCUACCUUUGAGUGUAUUUUCGCGGGCAGUGUCGUCGAGAGGUUUGGUAUUCCUACAUGCCACAUGAGAGGAGACAUGUUUAGUGCGCUUGAUACCUGUUUCGAUGUUAUGUUCUGCCCUGAAGCUGACAAUGCUUCGUUUUCCGGUCAAAAAGGGAACGUUCUUGUGGAACUGAUUCCCGAGGGGGAUGGUUAUACUACCUAUGCCCUACUUCGACCCGUCAGACCGCGAUUUGAAGGGGACAUUGUGAGUUCAAGAAACGUCAGGAGAAAUGCUAGUAGCGCCAUCAAUGGAACCAAAACCGUUACACACUUUCCUGACCUUCCCAAGGCUUGGUAUAAUCGAUGCUUUAUCAAACCAAGAGCAACGAUAUCCUCAGAAGGCUUUGCUAAUAAUAUAAACGUUGGCAAUGUUUAUCACGCGAGAUUAAUGAUUUGCAUCAAGUGUUGUGAGUGGCCGYCGCUCAGCGACUGGCCGACAAGACAACGUUGCUGGCCUCUUCAGGAAGAUGUCAUCAGGAUUUUGUCCCAUGGCUGUCAUUUAGUAGCCAAACCAGCGCCAAUCGAUAAAGAACAAACAAGCUGGAGGUUGUCUUUUUCUGUAGCAGAAGUUGAGCUCUCCAAACUYGUGCCCAACACAGCCAGGAAAUGCUUGUUGGCGCUCAAAAUUAUAUUGAAGGACCACUUGCAGCCAGUUGUCGCCGACAUCACAACAUACCAUCUGAAAAACAUCUUUCUGAAUGCCCUUGAAAAGACUUCAGUAGAGUUCUGGGUGGACGAGAAUAUCGAAGAAUGUUUCUCGUUAUUAAUGAAUGAAUUCCACGAUGCUCUGGUCUCUGGGAAGUGUGUUCACCACUGGUUCAAGACAGUCAACUUAUUUGAUGGAAUGAAGCCCAAAAACCUAAAGCUGCUUGCUUGGAAAAUAAAGAAAAUCCUAGAAAACCCCGCUCCAUUUAUUUUUGAUGAUGGUUCCUGUUGUGUUUUAACGUGUUCAGGUGAGAAACCCACACCACACACUAUUGAUGUCUUGGCUGAAUUUGGUGACGGUGUAUUAGAUAUCAUAGAAGAAGAUCGACAGAGCAGUCAGUCUUUGGGUCAGCGUGCACGUGCUGAACAACACCAAGAUGUCAGAUUGGAAAUACUGCCCGAUUCUUUGAAAGAACAUGAUUUUGAUAAAGAAUCGACUGGAAUCAGAAGUGGAUGCGAGGGAUGAUGCGGAGAAUUGCAGUUCCCCAUGAAAAUAAACUUAGAAUCAAAGCUGCUGCUCGCGAAAGUCGCUCGUUUAAUCUGCAUGGCCUUGCAAUCGYUUGAAUAGCCUCUCCAUCUGGCUAGGGAGACAAGGCUUCGAUAAAGUUAAAGGUGUUUAGAUGGAAGGGAAUAUAAAAGACUUGUCAGUCAUACAUAACUCGAGAAUAUUUAAUACCAUCAUUAAUUGCUGUGUAUAUUGUUAAUCAGAAUUCAAGGACCGAUCCAGGAUUUUGGAGUUCUAACCACAGGCAGCCCAAUCUCUUGUUGUAGACAGAUAGACACCUUUAUUUAAACUUAAAUAAAAUAACAACAGGUUAGUCCAGUCAGUGGCAAAAUGCCUUUGCUUUUAAAAGGAGCCCUGUUAAACAUAUACACAAUAUACAAUAUAAAAUAGAAACUAAAAGGACCUACAUAUAAUACUAUUAAUCUGCAAUAUUUACAAUAAUGUAUUCAAUUAAGCUAUAAAUA